AUGGCCUCUCUCGAGAAUGGCCACGCCAAUGGCCUGAACGGCGAGACCGCCACAACCACCACCACCCUCCGCUUCUCCGACAUCCCCGACGCCAUCGACAUCCCGGCCUCCAGUUUCGACAGCGAAGUCGAAGUCAGUCUCCUCGAUCUCCCAGAAGACCCGACCGAACUAUGCACACUGCUCGAGAACGAGCGCGCCGCAAAGAACUUCUGGGUCAUCAUUGCUCUGGCCUACGCCAAGCGAAAACAACUCGACCAUGCGCUUGAUAUCCUGCAAAAGGGUCUCUCUUCCGUCGCCCAUGGCGCGACAAAGGAGAAACUCGGACUUUUGGGCUGGAUUUGCUGGCUGCUCAUGCUGAAGAGUCGACAGGCACCGCGUGUCGCGCCGGAGGGAGAGCUGUACACUGAAGCCAAGACCAAGGACUAUUAUCUGCAGCAGGCCACGUCGAUUCUGAAUGAGGCUUCUCGCUUGAACCCGGCGUACCCGCCUCUGUUCCUGGCCCGUGGUGUUUUGUGUCUUCUCCGCGCGUCGUUGCAUCCGCCUCGCGCGGUACGCCCCGGUACGGUUGAUACGUCUGAUCGAGUGGAGUCGCUGCGGCAGGCGUUGAAAUGUUUCGAGGAAUCUUCCAAGGCCUUUGGUGGGCGUAAUAUCAUGGCUAUCCUGGGUCGCGCUCGUGCGCUGUAUAUGCUGGGGCGAUAUGCGGAUGCUAUGGCUGAUUACCAGAAGGUCCUGAUGCAGGUGCCGAACCUGACGGAUCCCGAUCCCCGAAUUGGUCUGGGUUGCUGCUUGUGGCAGUUGGGUUUCAAGGAUCAGGCUAAGGUUGCUUGGGAGCGUUCGCUGUCUCUGAACCCUGAUUCCAAGGUUGCCAAUGUCCUCCUCGCCGUUUACUACCUCCACGACAGCUCCCGUCGCUCGACUACGGAUCCCAAGUUCGGUUCUUUGUACAAGAUGGCCAUGACACAGUACACUCAAAAGGCGUUUAAGCUUGACAAGGAAUACCCCAUGACCUGCGCGCUGUUCGGUGGAUACUUCCUCCUCCGCAAGGCAUACCCGACGGUCGAAACUCUGGCUCGCAAAGCCAUUGAGCAGACAGAUGUGAUGCCCAUUGCCAGUGACGGCUGGUACCUUCUCGGACGGAAAUCGCAUUACGAGGGCGAUGCGGCCCGCGCAACAGAGUUCUACAACCGCUCCGACCAGGCUCGUGGCGGCGGUGACAAGGGCUAUCUGCCGGCCAAAUUCGGUGCCGUGCAGAUGCAAGUCACCAACAAGGACUUUGACGGUGCUAAGUUCCGGCUGGAGAAGAUUGUGCAGAGUUCCAAGAACGCCGAGGCCAUGAUGUUGCUGGGUGCUCUGCAUGCGGAGGAAGUGUUCGCCGCGCAACGCGCGGGUAGCAAGGAAGACAAGUCAACCGAGACUAAGCGGGCCAUCACGCUCCUCGAGUCUGUCCGCUCGAUGUGGAAGGAUGAGAAACAAAUGCUCGCACCGGAUGAAUCAGUGCUGGUCUAUUUGGCCCGGCUUUAUGAGAGCUCGGCGCCGGAAAAGAGCAUGCAAUGCUUGACGCAGCUGGAGGAGCUGCAGAUUGCUAGUAUUCCCGAGAGUGAGCGGCCAGAUAUCGAGGACGAGGAUCAGUUGAAGUCUGCUUUGCGGGAGAGCCUGCCCCCGCAACUUCUCAACAACAUGGGCUGUUUCUUGUAUCAGAGUGAGAAGAUUGCCUUGGCUCGGGGCAUGUUCCAGUCUGCUUUGAACGCCUGCGUGCAGUCUUCAGAACGGGAAGACGGUACCGAUAAUGAUGCGCUUGUCACCACGAUCAGCUAUAACCUGGGUCGUACGUACGAGGCUGCUGAUAUGUGGGAUGAGGCCAAGAAGGUCUACGAGGGUCUGCUGGAGCGCCACAGCGAUUACACUGAAGCCAGCGCACGCUUGACCUACAUUGCUCUGCGUCAGAGCCCUGCGGACGAGGGCCCCAAGAAGAUCGCCAAGCUGUACGAGAACGACUCCUCAAACCUAGAGGUCCGCUCUCUCUUCGGCUGGUACCUGAGCAAGUCGAAGAAGCGCGUCUCCAACAUCAACGAGGACCCUGAACAGCGGCACUACAAGCAUACCUUGCAAUAUCAUGACAAGCAUGACCGGUACGCGCUGACAGGUAUGGGUAACGUCCACCUCCUCGUGGCUCGUGAUAUGCGCCGCGACACCGACCAGGAGAAGGAAAAGCGUCGCAAGAUGUACCAGCGCGCAGUAGAAUUCUUCGACAAGGCUCUACAGCUGGAUCCCAGGAACGCCUACGCUGCCCAGGGUGUCGCCAUUGCCCUCAUCGACGACAAGAAAGACCACAGCAGCGCAGUGCAGAUUCUCGCCCGUGUCCGCGACACAAUCAAGGACCCCAGCGUGUAUCUGAACUUGGGCCACGUCUACGGCGAGCUACGCCAAUACUCGCGCUCAAUCGAGCACUACGAAGCGGCACUAGCCAAGGAUCGCGCCCGCGACGUCCAAAUCCUCGCCUGCCUGGGCCGAGUCUGGCAACUAAAAGCCAAGCAAGAAGGCAGCCUGCAAGCCAUGAAAACAGCCCUGGAAUACGCCCAGCGCGCGCACGCCGUCUCCCCAGACGCCCUCCACCUCCAGUUCAACGUCUCCUUCGUCCAGAACCAAAUCGCCUCGCUAGCAUAUAGUCUCGCCCCAACCCAAAAGACCCUCCAAGACGUCGAAGAAGCCGCCGAAGGCCUCAAAGAAGCCAUCGACACCUUCGACCGCCUCUCCAAAGAAAAGAACCCGCCCUACCCAGCCAGCGCCCUCGAGCAACGCGCCAACAUGGGCCGCACAAUCGCCAAACAGCUAGACCGCGCCCUGCAAAGCCAGAAAGAAUACGAAGAGAAGAACGCGGCUAAACUGCGCGAAGCACGCGAAGCCCGCGCUGCGGCCAUCGCCGCCCGCGAGGACCAAGUCCGCAAGGCGCAGGAAGUCGAAGCCGAGCGUAAGCGCAAGAUCGCCGCCGAGCGCGCGCAAAUGGUCGAAGAGGCGCAGCGUCAGGCUGCGGAGCGCACGGAGCGCGAACAAGCCCGUGAAGACGCAGAGUUGAUGACGGAGGGUAGUGAUGGGGAGCGCGUUAAGCGGACAAAGAAGAAGCCUAGCAAGCGCAAGAAGAAGGAUGACUUUGUUGCGGCGGAUGAUGAGGAUCCUGGUGUUGGUAGUGAGGCGGGCGGGAGUGAGAGCGAGGCCGCGCCGAAGAAGAAGCGUCGUCUGGAGAGGCGGAGUGGUGGGAAGGCGCAGAGCAAGUAUAAGAGUUCGGAGGUUGUGGUUGAUUCGGAUGAGGAGGAUGAAGAGGAGGGUGUUGUGCCUGGAUCUGCAUCGCCGGAGAAGGGGGGUGAUGACGAUGAUCUUUUCGGCGGCGAUGAGGAGGAUGCACAGGAGGAGGCUGCUGCGCCGCGGAGACGUGGUAAGGCCUCGCGUCGGAUUGAAGAUGACGAUGACGAAGAAGAGGAGGAGGAGGAAGAGGUCGUUGAAAAGACUGCUCCUGCUCCCGCUGCUGCAGCGGAAGGCGACGAGGACGAUCUCUUUGGCGAUGAUGAUAUGGAGGAGGAUUGA